ACGAAACAGAGAAAAGAGCGCAGGGAGUGGUACAGAUGUGAGAAGCCGGUGUGUGCUGUCAUAGGAAGGACGAGAGAAGCGGAGCCGCCAUACACCGAGCCCUAGUGAGCCACCACCUCGCAGCCGAGCCGCACGGGAUGUAUCAGGGCCCGGCAGGAAGGCUGUGCUCGGCGCUAAGAGACGUGCCCGCACUGUGCGCCUCCUCUCUGCGGCAACAACCGCACCACUCCCCGGUGAGGAGGAGAGCGCUCUCGCCGCCCGUGCUGGGCUCCCUGGCUGGCUUCAGCUGCUGCCAUAGUCUGGCGGGUUGGAUCGGUGACGUACCGGCUAAAGCGGCAUCUAACGCGGGCACAACCACCCCUCCAGUGCCGACAGGCGGAGCGGCCGGGAGUCCUGCCCGGUCAGCCUCACGGUCAGUUUGUUCCAUGGGAAACAGUACCAGCCGCUUGUACAGUGCUCUUGCCAAGACGCUCAGCAGCACAGCUGCCAUUUCCCAACAUCAGGAUUACCUUGAAGAAUCUGAGCAUGAACAGCUGGAUCCGUUGGACCCCAAAGAUCUUCUGGAAGAAUGCCAGGUUGCUCUGCGAGAACGGCCUGCCAGGCUUCAUAGGGAGUUUGUCGGUCGGACUGAUGGUUUCAGCAGCCCACAUGGCUUUCGAGUGAUGCAGUGGAAUAUCUUGGCUCAAGCCCUUGGAGAAGGGAAGGACAACUUUGUUAAAUGUCCCAUGGAGGCACUAAAGUGGGAAGAAAGGAAGUACAUGAUCCUGGAAGAGAUCCUUCUGUAUCGCCCUGAUGUCUUGUGCCUGCAAGAAGUUGAUCACUAUUUUGAUACUUUCCAACCAAUCCUUAGUAGGUUGGGUUAUCAAUGCACUUUUUUGGCAAAACCAUGGUCUCCCUGCCUUGAUGUGGAACAUAAUAAUGGGCCAGAUGGCUGUGCCUUCUUUUUCCUUCAGGACCGCUUUCAGCUUGUCAGCAGUGCCAAUUUUAGGCUUUCAGCUCGGACAUUAAAAACCAACCAAGUGGCCAUUGCUGAGGUCUUGGAGUGUAAGGAAACUGGCAGGUUGUUGUGCUUUGCUGUCACCCACCUGAAGGCCCGCAGUGGAUGGGAGAGGUUCAGACUUGCACAGGGCACAGAUCUUCUGCGGAAUCUUGAGACUGUCACUCAAGGUGCCAAGAUUCCUCUGGUCAUUUGUGGGGACUUUAAUGCAGAGCCCACUGAGGAAGUAUACAAGCGAUUUGCCUCUUCUAGUCUGAAUCUCAACAGUGCCUAUAAGGUGCUCAGUGAGGAUGGAGAAACAGAACCUCCCUACACAACAUGGAAGAUCCGUCCUACUGGUGAAUCCUGCAACACCCUGGAUUAUAUAUGGUAUUCCCAGCAUGCCCUGAAAGUUAACUCUGCCUUGAGUUUGCUGACUGAAGAGCAGAUUGGUCCCAACAGACUUCCUUCUUUCAACUACCCUUCCGAUCAUCUGUCUCUGGUCUGUGACUUCAGCUUUAACACAGAUCCUGAUAGGUUGUUGUAGUUGCUUUCACUCUGGUCACUGAUGUGUAGCUGGUGUCGGGAGGGGUGGAAAUUCUGUAUGUGUACUAGGGACUUUAAAUAAGUAAGCUAUUUAUUUUACUGGACUGAAAUAAAUGUUAAGUAAUCUGUGACCAUUUCCUCACCAGAGCUGGUACACCACCAAGGUUACCAUGACAUGGGACUCUAUAGCUGAUAAUCUAGACGUGUUUUUUUGUAUGUUUACACUCUUUUCUUUCUUUCAUCCUGAUCUGUAGCAUCAACCAAACCAAAUGCCUUUUUGUGAUGAGAUUUGCACACGUAUUUCAUUUAAUUGUAAAUGUCACCUUUUUCAAAGUAUUUAUUUUUCUACUUGAAGCAAGUGUAUAGAGUUUAGCAGCUGAAAUCUAUUUAUUCUUUAGUUUUAGGUGAGGUCCAAUGACUGACAAAUUUGUUUAGUUCUGAAGUGCAAUAUAAAGGGAUUUGCCAGUCCGAAGGCCUAAUGUAAUUUUCAUACAGCAAUCUGUAUGUUUUUGUGGAGCAACAAAAUGAGUCUCCAGCCAUACAUUAUGAGAAUUGUUAGAACAAACCAAUGCAAAGGAUAACUAACCUUAGAAGUGGUUUUGACGAAUGUACUUUUCUCUAAAAUGUUACUUAUAUAGAGUAUUUUAAAGCGUAAUAGUGGCUCUAUAGCCUCCUUGCAUCUAGGUAAAGUGCAGGACAUUUUUCAUCCUAACUCUGACUUGACUUGUUUUAAAAGAAAUAAACUGGACACUUGAAUGUUUCACUUUAAAGUGGCAUCCUGGUUCAUGGCUUGUUUUCAUAGAAAUUAACACUUGCUCUUUAUCACUGUAAUGUAUUUCAACCUGAAUGACAUUUGAUAAAAAUAUAGUAUCAAACCUUGUCACAGUGGAGUCUAUAAAUCUUUAUUGGAA